UAAUAUCAAACAAAACAAAACAAAAUUAAAAAAAAAAGUUAUGACCAAAAAAAAUCAAAUCAAUCAAUUGAUCCAUUGAUUUGAUCCAUUAAUUACCGGCAACUAUAUAGUCGAUUGGCUGUCUCCCGACCCGCGGGAAACCCGAUUACCCGAUAACACACGCGUGUUAUAUAUCCAUACAUACAGUGUGUGCCGUAGUCGUCAUUGUCAUCGGUGGUAAAGACAGACAGACAGACAGACAAACAGCAGUCCAAUCAAACACAAACAAACAAACGGAAGUGUUUUUUGGUUUUCAACGCCCGCCCGCGCGGAUCAACUACAAGAUUAUUCAAUUGUUUUAAGUGAUAGUUGUUGUAGUCGUCGUUACCGACGAUCAUCAUCAUGAGGUCAUACACGCCGCAGAUAUCCUGGCAUAACAGAGAUCCCAUACUGAGUGUUGAUCUACAGAAUCGGGUGCUAUCGGCAAACAACGAUGGACAGGUGUCCUAUAGGAUAGCCACCAGCGGCAAUGAUUCGCAUGUUAUCAUAUGGAAGACAACUAUCAACGACAACAACAACAACAAGUCGAUGGCCACCACCGCCGCUGAUAAAAAUAAACCCGAAUCAACCGGUAAAUCAGCGGCCAAUAAACGCCUACCCAAUGUUACCCUUGAAUGUCUGGCCGAUCUGACAAAACAUCAGCGACCAGUAAAUGUGGUUAGAUUUUCGCCGAACCCUGAGGACAAUAUGUUGGCCGCCGGCGAUGACGAAUGGGUUAUCUAUUUGUGGCGAAUGGAGUCCAACAACAAUAACAACAACAACGGCGUCGAUAGUAGUGGUGAUGUCAAACCCAUAUCGGCUGUACAGCCGAUAGUUGCCAAUAGAAACAAACGACAAGAGUUUUGUGUGAAAAACAAUGGCAAAAAUAGCGAAGAAGAAGAAGACGACGAUGAGAUACAAAUACUGGAACGACAAGCCGACGCCAUUUCGUUGACCACCACUACCACCGCAGCCGCUGCCGCCACCGCCUCAUCAGUAGUAGUAGUAGAACAGCCGUUCGGCGAAGACGAAGUAAUUGCUACGGAAGUAUGGAAACCGUGGAAAAUAUUACGCGGACACGUCCAGGACGUAUCGGACGUGUGCUGGUCGCCGGAUGGCCAACGUCUGGCAUCGGCAUCCGUCGAUAAUACGGCCAUCAUAUGGGACGUAGCCAAGGGUACCAAAUUGCAUAAGAUUGUCGAACACAAGGGUUUCGUUCAGGGCGUUGCCUUCGACCCAAUCGGCAAAUAUGUGGCCACUCUAUCGAACGAUCGUAAUAUGCGAUUAAUUGAUGUCAAAUCGGGCCGAACUGUUUACCGAGUAUGCAAAAUGCGUACCGGAGAUGAUGGCCUCCUCGGCGAAGGUGGCGGCAAAAGUUCGUCCUCCCGAUUGUUCUAUGACGACACUUUGCGGUCGUUUUGCCGCCGAUUGGCGUUCAGUCCCGGCGGCGAGUUUCUCAUAGCACCGUCCGGUAUAUUAGAGCUUAACGAUGAUAAAAACAUCAGCGGCAACGGUGGUGACACCACUACCGCCACCAACAACAGUAACAAUGAAGACGCAAACAAAUAUAUAAACACUACUUAUAUAUUUGAAAGAAAAUCGUUGAAUAAGCCAUCAUUUUAUUUGCCAUCGAAAAAGUAUACCAUUGCUGUCAGCUGUUGUCCAAAAUUGUUUAAACUACAAGAAAAUAUUGAAAAUCAAUUUCAAUAUCCGUACCGAAUAGUGUUUGCAGUGGCCACCCAGGAUUCGGUCUAUUUUUACGACACACAACAAACGCUGCCGUUCGGUCAGGUAUCGCAAAUACAUUAUCUGCGACUAACCGAUCUUCAAUGGUCGCCCGACGGUCGUAUGCUGAUUGUUACCUCAACCGACGGUUUUGCCACAUUCAUUACGUUCGAUGCCGGCGAGUUAGGCCAGCCAUACGACGGCCCGACCUUUAAUUUUGACGAAAUAGCGGCGGCUGAGGCGGCGGACGCAUCGAAAACAUCGCCGGUUAGUACCGGUAAGAACAAAGCAAACAACAACACUACCGUAAUAGAGAACAACACAUCAUCGGCGGCGUCGUCGGUAAUGACCACACCUGAAGCGGACAGAUCGGCUAAGCCUAAGAUAUCGACGCCGUCGAUAACCAACUUUUUUAUACCGAAACGUAUAACACCGGGCGUACGGCGGACUCCCGAAACAACAGCAACAGCAGCAGUAGCAGCUGUUCUACCCGAAGGACCGAAACCAUUGUCUCAGCAACAAAAUCAACAAAACGGUGUCGUCAUUGGUGGCCAACAACAACAAUCACUACCGACGGCGGCGGUUGCCGUUAAACACGAUAAGAGUCCCAAUAUAUUGAUUCCCCGAAAAAAGAUUAAACUGACACCCAUUGAGACAAUUGAUUUAGUUUAGGUGUCAAAUCA